CAUAAACUUUCCCUUUCUGUCCCUUUUAUUCCCUUUAUCUUUCACUUUUUUUUUUCUCUAUUACGCUCAGAAUGACAGUGACCACGUACGACGAUUUAAUUUACCAACAACGACCUGAUGCAGUUGAAGAAGAUCUUGAUGAUGAAGACCUUGAAGACAGCAUUCCUCAAGUACUGAAACUGGACCUGCGGGGAUCACGUAUCGAUCUUGAACGAGAAAUCCUAGUCAGCUUACCUGAAAGUCUACUGAUUGUCAUGUUCCCCAAUGGCCUUGUGUUGGGCAGUGGUGGUGGUGGUGGCCAUGGCAACGGAGGCAGUCGAACGUCAUCGGAUGACCACGACGAUGGACAUGCAUACGACGACGAAGAUUCUAUUGAAGAAAUCACUCAAGUGGAUUUCGAUCCAGCAGCACUCAAGCAUGUCUUGGAAUGCUAUGAUCGUGCAUCCAAGAUGGAUAACAGUGCGUCAGCCGUCUCGUUUCACCCUUUGCUAAGCAAUAAGCAGCCCAUCAUUGUGUUGCGUGAAGAACUUGAAUAUUUCUGCGUGCCUUGUUCAAAGAACACAACAGCGACCGAAAAUACGACUCAACUCAAAUUACUGUGCGGUGAGCACUUGAAGCAGAACGACAAGAUCUUUAUUGCCCUCGAGAAGAAUAUUGCACGUGAAAACAACGUGGCAGAACAGCAUCUGAUCGAUAUGUUAUGCGACGCUGGGUUUGAUCGGCAGGACCGAUGGAGUUAUCGUGCUCUUGAACCAUUGCGUACCUGUGUCAUGAGUAUGGCGUUGGUGCUGUUGGAUAUGUCAGGUCCUGACAAUCCAGUGGCCACUGCACAAAAGUUGUUGUUAUUCUGGCGUAAACCUGCUAGGAAAUGUUGGUGGGAAGGAAAUACUGUUGAAAUACAAGAGAAGUCUGUGCGGUUAUGGGCAAGGCGUACGUGGACGUUGGAAUUAUCGCUUGUGUAAGAGGGCAAAAAAGAAACGAUUGCUUUAUU